UCUUAAAAUUCAAGGAGAAAAACUCGAGUUUUAUUGAGAUGUGACGAUCACUAUGAAGACUUAUGUAACUCGAAGACGGGUGGCAUGCAACGGCCGCCCUCAAACAGAGGACAUCAUCGUACAUGUUUGCUGUCUAUCGAGACAGGCGUUUGCUAACUGCGAUAUUUGGUCGCAGCAUGAUGACUUUCUCUCAGUAUCUCUCUGUUUGGCAAUGGAGACGUGGGAAAUAUUAGAUGGUGGGGGAGAAGGGAGGAAAAGAAGGAAACUUGCUCCAAGAGAGGCCCUUUUUAAGCCCCUGUUGAAGACUGGAGCUCCCUCUCGGAACAACCCGACUGCAAUCACAGGGAGAUGCAUAAAUGAGAGACCUAAAGGCAUAUGCAUAACGGGUACGAAACCAGAUGGGAAGCGGGCAACCUUUUUCUGUUGUCUUACGGCUUUUGGGGGUCAUGAGAAGCAACAGAGGAAGCCAAGGAACUAGGAAAAAAAAGUGCAGCGCGUAUUGAGAGAGGAAAUGAGCAGCGCUGCACUGUUAUGAUGACCAUGAUGAUGAUGGUCUCGGUCUGAGAGGGUUACUGAAAGAGCACAGGCGGGAGGGAGAACGGGUAGCAAAACCGAUCAUCAAAUAGAAAAAAAAGCGGAAUUUUUCAGGGGGAAUCAGAAAGGCGAGAUACUGAUCUCUCUCUCUCUCUCCCCCUCUCCCCCUAACACACACACACACACACUCUCUCUCUCUCCCUCUCUCUUUCUCUCUCUGUCUGCUCCUUGCUUUGUGGCUGUGGUCCUUGAGGUUGGAGACGAUCACCCCUGGCCGUCUCGUCUACAUGGGCAGGCACCAUUCUUCCAUUUUCUACCUCCGGCCACCGGAAGACUGCUUCAAUUCCAUCCCUUAACCGACAGAGGAGGAACAGGAAAAGGCAAAAGCGAGGAGAAAAACAUAGUAGGCUUGAGGGUCUUGUCUAUGGCGAACGCUCCUAGUGCUGAAGACGAUUUGACAGUGAAAGCGGUGCACAAGAGAUUCGAAGGUCUGAUGACGGUUCGAAGCAAGGCUAUCAAAGGUAAAGGAGCCUGGUAUUGGGCUCAUCUGGAGCCCAUCUUGAUACAUAACCAGGAGACAGGCCUGCCCAAAGCCGUGAAGCUCCGGUGCGGCCUCUGCGAGGCCGUCUUCUCCGCUUCCAACCCCUCUCGCACUGCCUCUGAGCAUCUCAAACGAGGAACAUGCCCCAAUUUCACGGGUACCCUUCCCAAACCCAUUUCCUCUUUCUCCAUCUCCCCUUCUCCACUCGCCGCCACGGGCGCCACUACUGUGGCAGCCCCACACUCCCGGAAGAGGGGUGGCGGUGCCAGCGGCAUCGGCUGCGCCACCUCGUCCCUCCACCACCACCACCAGAGUCAGGGCCAGCCCCAAGUUCAGAACCAACCGAUGCCGCUAGCCAUGAUCGACUGUUCUCCUCGCUUCUGCUCCGACAUGGUAUACCCACCACCAUCCCUGCAGGCGGGGGUCUCGUCUGCUCCAUUGGUGCUGUCGGGUGGCAAGGAAGAUUUGGGUGCUCUGGCGAUGCUUGAGGACAGCGUGAAGAAGCUCAAGUCCCCUAAGGCUUCACCCGGGCCUGCUCUUAGCAAGGCCCAGGUCGAAGCUGCCGUCGGCCUUCUUGCCGAUUGGCUCUACGAGUCGUGCGGCAGCGUCUCCUUCUCCUGCGUUGACCACCCCAAGUUUAAGUCUUUCCUGCAGCAGGUGGGUCUCCCACCCAUCAGCCGCAGGGAGAUCGCCGGCCGUAAGCUCGACGCGCGCUACGAGGAGGUGAGGGCCGAGUCGGAGGCCAAGCUGCAGGACGCCAUGUUCUUCCAGCUAGCCUCCAAUGGCUGGAGCAAGAGGAGCUGGAGCCUCAAUUGGGCAUCCGCACAACAACAGCUCCCUUCCGCGGAGAACCUCGUGAGCAUCACUCUGAAUCUGCCCAAUGGGACCAGUCUCUUCAGAAAGGCCGUCUUCACCAGCUCUGCUGCUCCCUCCAAGUACGCGGAGGACGUGCUGUGGGAUGCGGUCACUAGCGCCUGCGAGGGUGGGCCGGUGCAGCGGUGUGCCGGUAUCGUGGCCGACAGAUUUAAGGCCAAAGCGCUAAGGAGUUUGGAAUCUCAGAACCACUGGAUGGUGAACCUGUGCUGCCAGUUGCAGGGGCUAGGCAGCCUGAUCAAGGACUUCAGCAGGCAGUUGCCUCUUUUCAGGUCCGUGGCCGGGAGCUGCCUGAAGCUCGCGAAUUUCUUCAACACCAACUCCGGGGCGAGGAACAUUUUCCAUAGGUAUCAGUUGCAGGCCCUUGAUCACCAUCAUCCUAAUGCUGCCCUGCUCAGAGUGCCGCCACCCGACAGCGAAUGUCCAUUUUCCGCGACGACGGCGGGAGCGGGCGACGAUGGGAGCUUUCUUUUCGCAACUUCGAUGCUGGACGAUAUCAUGAAUUCGGCGAGGGUCUUGCAGUUAGUUGUCCUAGACGAGUCGUAUAAGUUGGUGUGCCAGGAGGACCCCGUCGCCCAGGAGGUGGCCGACAUGACGAGGGACAUGGAUUUCUGGAACGAGCUGGAGUCCGUGCUGGCAUUGGUCAAGCUCAUCAAGGCCAUGGCUCAGGAAAUCGAAGCUGACAGGCCGCUGGUUGGCCGGUGCCUCCCAUUGUGGGAAGAGCUUCGUUCCAAGGUCAAGGACUGGUGUGCCAAGUACAACAUCCAGGAGGGUCCGGUGGAGAAGGUGAUCGAGAGGCGGUUCAAGAAGAACUACCAUCCGGCGUGGUCAGCCGCCUACAUUCUGGAUCCUCUCUACCUGUACAGGGACGCCAGCGGGAAGUACCUGCCGCCCUUCAAGUGCCUGACGCCGGAGCAGGAGAAGGACGUGGACAAGCUUAUCACCAGAUUGGUGUCGAGGGAGGAAGCCCACAUUGCCCUUAUGGAGCUCAUGAAAUGGAGAUCUGAAGGGCUGGAUCCCCUGUACGCGCAGGCUGUUCAGGUGAAGCAACGGGAUCCCCUGACGGGGAAGAUGAAGGUUGCUAACCCUCAGAGCAGUAGGCUGGUCUGGGAAACAUGCCUAAGCGAGUUAAAGUCAUUGGGGAGGGUGGCGGUGAGGCUUAUCUUCCUCCACGCCACUUCCUGCAGUUUCAAAUGCAACUGGUCCUUCUUGAGAUGGGUGUCUGCUCAUGGGCACUCCCGGACAGGGAUGGACAGGGCUCAGAAAAUGAUGUUUAUAGCAGCUCACUCCAAGCUGGAGAGGAGGGACUUCUCCAGCGAAGAAGAGAAGGAUGCGGAGCUUUUUGCCAAUGGUGAGGAUGAUGUACUCAACGAAGUUUUGUUGGACUCCUCUGUGUAGUGUUUCUACGUUGUAGGAUUAGUCUAAUUCUUUCCAUACACGGGUAGCUUCUCUCCACCGUAGCCAUUUGUUUUGUUAGCUUCAGGGUAUAUUCCAGUCUGAUAACCGUGUGUGGUGAAGAGCAGUGGGUUGAACUGCUCCCCCGCGGUAAGUGCCCUUGACCGUGGGAGCUCGAGGUGCUCUGUGUGUAAGCUUAAUGUAUUGUUUUUUUGGGAGCGAAACUAAGGGAAAAACCGGAUACAGCCACACUUUUUUCUUUCUGUCUACUGAUUCAAAUGGAAUUCAUUCGCCUCCCCUCUUCUGAUUUUGGCUAGUGAGUUUGUAACUCUUGUUCAUGGAAUAGGAUGUUGAACGAACAGAAUGAUGUAGCUUCUGAUUACCAGAGAAACUGGAUAAUAAUAUACAGUGAUACAGUCA